CUACAACACAAAUCAGGUGAAUGACAAUAGAUCAAUAUGAAUGUCACUUAUAUGAAGAACAAUGUUCUAGUGACGCCUAUGAGCUGCAACAUGGAAUCGAAUGAUAUUCAAAGUGUGAUUGAGUUAUCAACUAUACGUCUUGAGGCAUUACGGACACAAUGUUCAUCUAGUGCAGAAUUAACGAAGCAAGAAAUUCGGACGUUGGAAACAAAAUUGGUGAAAAUGUUUUCAAAACUUUUAAUUACAAAAGCACAAAAUUCCAAUCGAUAUUCGAAAGGAUCACAACCAACUGGUUCUGAGUUGAACCAAUGGCUGAAAGUUAUUGGCUUGAGUGAAAAUGCUUUGGCUGCAGUUUGGCAACGAGUCAGUACAUUAGAAUUACUAUUGGACAAAAGUAACACUGAACUACGGCAACUGAUCGAAAAUAAUCCGAGUAUUGAUGAAAAUGAGAUUCUACGGUGGCAACGUGCAAUGUUUAACUUGAAAAGGUUCCAUCAAUAUCAAUCAAAAACUGUGAAGAAAGAACCGGAGCCAUCUGAUUUAUCGUGGACAUAUUGGAAUGGACAAAAUUGGAAUGGAUAUAUUCAAGUAUCACCAGAACAUGUGCAAAAAGCUGAGGCAUCGAAUGUGGAGACUGAAUUGCACCUUAAUGCUCAUAAUGAUACAAAUCAAUUGCCAUUAACUCCAUUCAAAAGAGGGCCACUUAUAGCACAUCGUUUUACUAAAAAAUUUCGAGCAUUAAGUACAACAUGUGACUUUUGUAAUAAGCAAAUUGGUUUAAAAAUUGGAUUAAAAUGUGUUGAGUGCAAGUAUAGUUGUCACAAAGAUUGUGAACAUAUGGUGCCUCCAUCCUGUGGUGUUCCCGCUGAACUAAUGAGUGAAUUCAAACAAACGUUUAUUUUAGAAAAAUCGAAUCAUUUGCCACCGGCAUCACCGGACAUUGUCGAUGCUGGGAAUGGAUUUUUCUUUUCAGCGCCAAAAUCAAAUAGUAGAAGAUCAAUCGUUCUCCAAACAACUGAACAUAUAACGCCAAAUUCGGUCAUUAAUCAUCGAAGAUCAUCGAGUACGUUGGCAAUUCUGAAAAAUUAUUUUGAGGAAUUGUCAUUAGGGGCGGAGCAAAAGAAGGAGCAAACGAUGUAUCUCGAUGAAACUGUAGAGAAGCCAAUAGCUGAGACUCUUUCGCAUAGAUCUGCUGAAUCAAUAUCGUUAAAUGAAUCGAUUGCCUUGAGCAUUGAGUCUGUGCUAUCUGAUUCAACCGAAGAUCGUCAAUCGGAAUGGGGUAUACCCUUUAAUGACAUCAAAAUUUUGGAUGUCAUUGGUAGUGGGCGUUUUGGUGUUGUCAAGCGAGCACAUUGGCAUGGAGAUGUAGCAGUUAAACUACUUAAUGCUAACUAUUUGGAUGAUGCACAAUCGCUGGAUGCAUUCAAAAUACAAAUCGCUACAUUUAAAAAUACUCGACACGAUAAUCUGAUUCUUUUCAUGGGUUUCUGUAUGGAGCCUCAAGCUAUUAUAACAUCUCUUUGCAAGGGAAACACGUUGUUUACUCACAUUCACUUGUUACGUGAAAAAUUCAAUUUGGAUAAGGUUACAAAUAUUGCACUUCAAAUUUCGAAUGGGAUGAGUUAUUUACAUGCAAAAGAGAUUGUUCACAAAGAUCUGACUACCAAAAAUAUCUUCCUUGAAAAUUACAAGGAGAAUUACAAGGUUGUGAUUACUGAUUUUGGAUUAUUCAGCGUCAAAAAACUUCGAUAUAAUAAUGGACUUCAUAUUCCAUUAAACUGGUUAUGCCAUUUAGCACCAGAGCUUAUUCGAAGUUUAAAACAAACAAAAAGAGUUCAUGAUGAACUGAAAUUUUCAAAAGAAACUGAUGUUUUUAGUUUUGGUACGGUGUGGUACGAGAUAUUAUCGGGAGAAUUUCCUUUCAAACUACAAUCGCCACAUUCGAUCAUUUUCCAGAUUGGCUCUGGCAUGAAACAAACACUUGCCAACUUACAAGCAACACGAGAAGUGAAAGAUAUUUUGAUGUUGAGUUGGGCCUUUCAAUCAGACGAUCGCCCAGAUUUCAAUAAACUCUUACAGUUACUCAAAGAACUACAAAUUACAAAAAAACAAAUGCCAAGAACCCCCACCAGAAAGGUGAAUCUAUUUCUCUGGGCUGAAUCAGUAUUUUAAACAUAUUACUCUUUUCUUUAAAGUAAAAUGAACUUCUAGAUCAUUUAAAAUUUUAAUAAAUAAAACAGUACACAUUUAAAUUAAAAAUGAUCCAA